AGUAGGUAUUAUUUUUUCAGCAACACCUUAAACAGAUAUAAAAUUUGACAUAAUCGACGCAAACUAGAAGUAACGUCAGACCAGAGUAACGCGGUACCGUUACACAGUCCCAGAGGUUAGACGGGGGGGAUUUGGGGAUAGAUGCAGCCAUCUCCCAGCCCGGCGGCCCCCACCUCUGCCUCUGCUUCUGGAAAGUUUUGCUCGGUCCUCUCUCCGGGGAUAACUCCCAAUGACAAACCGUGGGCGUCUGCAGAGAAGGUGCAGAGGGAACACCAGCCGGGACAUGGGAUGCCUCACAGAGAGACAUGCCUGAUGACGCAACGACUUUACUCAAUACAGCUUGAAAUUGUGAGGGACAGGAUAAUACUUGCAGGGUUUCCUACGUUUCCUAUGACCAAAAGAAGGCUGCGGACUCGGGAACUGACAGAUAUAACGUGACAGGCGCACAGACCCUCUUCCGACUUCUGGAAACAAGCCUCUCCGGACACCAGGGACCAACAGAUGCAAACUUUCAACAUGGCAUACCUUCUGUUACUUUUUCUACCUUGUGUUUUCAGUACGCGGGCGCGAAUAUUAGUCCCUGGGAAUGAAACAAUCCUCUCCAAAGAGCCAUACAGGGAGAGCAGGAAAGUUCUUACUACAACAGGCAAGGAAUGUAAAUUCCCAUUUCGUCAGGGUGGAAGGAUUCAUCAUCACUGCCUCACCAUCCUAGCCUCAAAACCAUGGUGCUCCCUCACACAUAAUUUUGACCGGGAUCGGCAGUGGGGCUUCUGUGCAACAGAGGAAACUCAGCCAGAAGUUGUUGUCCACACGUCACGCCGAAUCACAGAUCCAUGUCAGGUGAAUCCAUGUCAGAACGGAGGUGUCUGCACGCUGAUCCCACACAGACCCUCGUUUGAGUGCUCCUGUCCUGAGAGCUUCACUGGGACACUCUGUGAGCAGAAGAAGUGCUAUGAAACCGUACACCUGCGCCAUUAUGACAUCGGAGAGUCUUGGGGACGAAUUCACCUCCGUAAUGUGGAACAGUGCACAUGCGUGGCAGGGGAAAUCAAGUGUGAGAGGGUUCGCUACACAAUGUGCCCUUCAAACCCUUGUCAGAAUGACGGAACGUGUCGACUGAUCACAUCCACCGGCAAGGAAGUGUGUAACUGCAGACGUGGCUACAGCGGUCCCUACUGCGGCCUCGAGCCAGAGUCCGAGUGCUAUAAUGGCAGGGGCACAGAUUACAGAGGGGUAGUGAACGCCACGGUGUCCGGUGCCCGUUGUGUGCCAUGGAACUCGGACCUACUGUAUGAUGAGCUCCAUGUGGGCACGGUGGUUGCCUCGCCCCUCAGGGGCCUCGGCGAACAUGCCUUCUGCAGAAACCCAGAUAAAGACAAGAUGCCGUGGUGCUACACGCUAAAUGACGGCGCCAUCUCCUGGGAGUACUGUGACGUCCCCUCCUGUGUGAUGGCUGUGUGGGAGAAUCAGCCAGCGACAAAAACGAAAAUAUUCCGAAGAGCUUCAGCGCGAAGGAUUAUGCCAUUUAAUGUCCUGCCAGGCAUUAAAAGACGGAGGCCCUCCAAGACUGCAAAGAAGCACGUGUGUGGGAAAAAGCACAAGAAGAGGUUAUCGAUUGCCAGGGGGCGGAUAUUGGGUGGAAACUCAGCUCUGCCAGGUACUCACCCCUGGAUGGCAGCCAUUUACAUUGGAAAGUCAGACUUCUGCGCCGGCAGCCUGAUCUCCUCUUGCUGGGUCAUCUCUGCGGCUCACUGCUUCUUCCGCAACCCUCUGAGGUCGCAGAUUCGAGUGGUGCUCGGCCAGCAGAGAUUCAACGUCACCGAUCCCAACACCAGGACAUUUGGAGUGGAGGAGUACAUCUUUCCAAAACAGUUCUCAGUGUUUAACCCAACACUACACGACAUUGUUCUGAUCAAACUGGCGAAGCAGGACGGGCGGUGUGUGAGGAGAACCCCGUUCAUCAGACCCAUCUGUCUCCCAGACAAAGGCAUGGCGUUCCCUGAUGACUACUGCUGUAGUAUUAGCGGCUGGGGACACAUGCAUGAGAAGGCAGAAGGUUACUCUAGUCUGCAGGAGGGUGGAGUGAGACUGAUGAAUCAUGGCACUUGUAGGGAGAGUUACGGUAACCAUGUCACUUCCGACAUGAUCUGCGCGGGGCUCAACGGCUGUGUCGACGCCUGCCAGGGCGACUCCGGGGGCCCUCUGGCUUGUGCGAGGAAUGAUGUCAGCUUCCUGUAUGGGAUCAUCAGCUGGGGAGAGGGCUGCGGCCGCUCUGGAAAACCCGGUGUUUACACUAAAGUGGGGAACUAUAUCGACUGGAUCGAUUCAGUAAUCAAACGUAGACCAAAGGCUUCAUGAAUGGACAUGACCUGGACAGUAGCUUUAAUAUGUGAAAUAUUGUACUAUAUUGUAUUUUAACUGUUUUUAUUUUUAUUGCUUCUGGAAGUUUAUAGAUCAUCUUUUUUAACUGUGAAACAUUUUGUGACUGAAUAAACCUUUAUUGACU